CGAAUACUUUCGCAAGGCACUGUAUAUAUAAAUAUAUAUGUAUAAAUAUAUAUAUGUAUAAAUAUAUAUGUAUUUAUAUAUAUAAAUGACAAGAUGAGGACAAAGGACGUCUGACUGUUAUGCCAUCUUGGGGAGCAGGUUGAUAUGUUAUGUCGAUAUAGGACUCGUUUUACUGUGGAUAUAGAUACUUUUGUACCUGUUUCCUCCAGCAUCUUCACAUUGUCCUUUGCUGUUGUUCUGGGAUUGCACUUUUCGCACCAAAGUACGUUCAUAUCUUGGAGACAGAACGCGUCUUCUUCCUGAGCGGUGUGGCAGCUGCGUGGUCCCAUGGUGUUAAUACUUGCGUACUAUUAUUUGUACAGAUAAACGUGGUACCUUCGGGCAUUUGGAAAUUGCUCCCAAGGAUGAACCAGACUUGUGGAGGUCUACAAUGUUUUUCUGAGGUCUUGGCUGAUUUCUUUUGAUUUUCCCAUGAUAUCAAGCAAAGAGGCACUGAGUUUGAUGAUAGGCCUUGAAAUACAUCCACAGGUACACCUACAAUUGACUUAUGUCAAUUAGCCUAUCAGAAGCUUCUAAAGCCAUGACAUUAUUUCUGGAAUUUUCCAAGCUGUUUAAAGACAGUCCAUUUAGUGUAUGUAAACUUCUGACCCACUGGAAUUCUGAUACAGUGAAAUAAUCUGUCUGUAAACAAUUGUUGGGAAAAUGACUUGCACAAAGUAUCCUAACCAACUUUCCAAAACAGCAGGUAUCCUAGUGGUUAGAGCGUUGGACUUGUAACUGGUUGCAAGAUUGAAUCCCUGAGCUGACAAGGUAAAAAUCUGUCGUUCUGCCCCUGAACAAGGCAGUUAACCCACUGUUCCUAGGCCGUCAUUGAAAAUAAGAAUUUGUUCUUAACUGACUUGUCUAGUUAAAUAAAGAUUUUUUUUAAACUAUAGUUUGUUAAACCUCUUGAGGGGGCAGUAUUUUUAUGUUUGCAUGAAAAACGUACCCAAAUGAAACUGCCUAUUUCACAGGCCCAGAAUCUAGAAAAUGUAUAUAAUUAGGAUAGAAAACACUCUAAAGUUUCCAAAACUGUCAAAAAUAUGGAUACUAUUUGGAAUUUUUGUCUGCCCCGUCGUGACCGCUCGAGCCUGUAGAGUUCUGAACAUAAUGCGCCAACCAAAUGGAGGUAUUUUGGAUAUAACAAUAAUCUUUAUGGAACAAAAGGAACAUUUAUUGUGUAACUGGGAGUCUCAUGAGUGCAAACAUCCGAAGAUCAUCAAAGGUCUUCUGCUCCCUUGCCAGUCCUCUCUUGUGGACUGGGUGCGCUUUGCAUCCAAGAAGGCAGGCGGUAGCAGCAAGAACCUCGGAACAGACGGGAACUUUGUCCAUGCUGGCAACAUCCUAGCAACACAGAGACUCAUGCGGUGGCAACCAGGAGCACAUGUGGGGAUUGGAACCAACAACACCCUUUAUGCCCUGGAGGAUGGCAUUGUCAGGUUCACUAAGGAGGUGUAUGUUCCAGCCCCACGCAGCACUGAGACAUUCAAGGUCAUCACCAAGUUGCCCACGGGAACUGUGCUCUACAAGACCUUUAUCAACAUAGUGCCCAACAAACAAGAGGGCAAAUUCAAACUGGUUGGCAUGUUCUGAAGACUGCUGACUCAUUCAUAUUCCACUCUGUGGAAGAUCAAAUCCUACUUUUUCUAUGGACUUGGCGGAUUGAAAGGUUCUGUUCAACCGCAGACUCCUUUGUCGUGAAUGUUGUGGAACUGAGCUGCUGUGUGGUGAGGAGGAUUCUGGAAGUUCUGAGGGAAUUCCUCAAAGCUUCCUGUGUUGUUGUGGUGACCGUUGCCAUAUUUUCAUUGAUCCUACACAAUUUGACUAUGGUCGAAAGUUUAAUCAACAGGCACCUACCUGACUUAUUGUGCUGUAAGAAGACGUGUCACUCCAUCCAAUAUAGUUUUUUAUGAACUGGGUGGUUUGAGCCCUGAAUGCUGAUUGGUAUUUUUACUGCUCUAAUGAUGUUGGUAACCAGUUUAUAAUAGCAAUAAGGCACCUCGCAGGUUUGUAGUAUAUGGCCAAUGUACCACAGCUAAGGGCUGUAUCCAGACACUCCGCUUUACGUCGUGACUUAGAACAGCCCUUAGCCGUGGUAUAUUGGCCAUAUACCACACUCCUUCGUGCCUUAUUGCUUAAAUAGAUAAUCAUGACAUCAGCAGUCUGUUAUGUGCAUUGUAAGCUUAGUCAAUGGAACAAUUUCAUGUGUAUCCAGUAUUUCAUUUUUGGGAAUAUUUUUGUAUCAUCUGGGGGGGAAACUCUGUAUGGUUGACAAGGAAAACAUGAAACCACCCCUUGAUCAAGUGUGAGUGUGGUCUAUAGUUCCUGAACUAACCACAGGGUGUUUCAAGGCUUAACACAGAGGUUUCCCCUCUGAUUUCACCAAACAGGCCACAGAGGGAUAAUGUGAAAAAAAAAAUACUAUAAAGCAGAGGGAAGUAAUAUCACAGUUUUUAGCAUCAGACUGUACUCUAAAGAACUCUCCUUAAUAAUUUACUCUCUGCCCCAUGUGAUCUCUUAAAGCCAACUACCUCUUUCACAUAAUUUUGUGUUGAUGACACCGGUUCAAGAGACGUUGGGUGUCGACUUGUAACCAUUAACUCAAAUUUGUAUCUGGGGAAUUUUGUGUAAACCCAUUCACAAUCACCAGGAUGGACCCAUUUUAGAUAAAAACAAGAAACUGCAAAUAGACACCCAUGACAGGAUGUGUGUAGUAUUCCCCAAACAUUUUACAGAUCAUUCUUUACUCUGAGUUUAAGUAAGGUGCCAUGUUUUUUGCGUUUCUUUUUAAGUAUGAGUUACAGAUAGCAUGAAUGGUAUUUCAACUCCUCUCUUAGUGGUAUGCAGGGGAGUGUGGAGUACAUUCGGAAUACCCUUGGUACCUUCACUAUGAAACGACAGCUUGUCAAAACAUGUAUGAUGAAGGCCCUCUACUAACUGAUGAGUGCUGUACUUGAGAUACUAUAUAUUUUUGUACAUGAUGUAUGUGUUAUGAGAGUUGAUAAGGGAGGAUAAUGUACACUACACAAGAGUUGGGGGGGAUAACUCUGCAAAGAGGGAGAGGUCAAAAUGAGGUCGCGACUCUCUCCACUGAUUGACUCCCUGUCUAGGUUAUGGACAUAUUUGUACCUGGUAGAGAAAAACAGAUGAACAGAAACAGGAGUGUAUUCCCUUUUAAAAUCUUGACACUAUAUAUUAUAUUAAUCCUCAUCAGAUUGAUAUUGCUCAAGUUAAUACAAAUCUUUUUUAUUUUUUAUUUAAGCGCAUAGUUCAGCUAUUUCAUUUAUGUGCAUAGGUCAUUUAAGCGCAUAGGUAUUUUAAGUGCAUAGUUUACUUUUACUUAUUUUUUGAUUUGGGUGAGACAUAAUGAAUGUUUUGCAUAGUUACGUAUCUGUCUAAAAACGCAUUGAGAAACCCCAUUCCAGUUUAGCCCAGAAGGUAAAACGUCAGGGUCAUGGUGAGUUUCUCUGCAUAGUUAGUUUGACCUGGUUAACCGUCCCUGAAUGAACACAUUACAUCCCAAAUGGAAAACUAUUCCCUAUGUAGUGCACUACUUUUGACAAUUAGGGUGCCAUUUGGUACACAGGCAUUGUCUGUCUCAGUAGUGUUGAUCAUUUGUGAUGCAUUCAACCACAACAGCUCUCUGGUCUGGCCCUACACUCAAAUAUAUCAGUACAUGUUAGGUAGCUAAGUAUUCAUAGCUCAGUGUUCUUUUGUAACAAGGGGAUUUAGAUUUUUCAUUAACACGUUCAACCCGAGACAAUGUCUAUGUUUUGUGGUUGUCUAGGACUUUGAACGUUGUGAUGAAGCAUCAGAUGUCUGCUGCUGAGGUGCAGACGUCAUCUUUCCACACACUGGAGCAUGUCUAGAGUUUGAAAUGUAGGCUUAUUUGAUUAUCUCAGGGGUGUCAAACUCAUUUUGCACCAGGGGCCGCAUUCGGUCUUUACCGAGGUCCAGAG